AUGAGGAAGAUGGCAUUGCCAAUGGAGAAAUCGCGCAGUGGCUUUGGAGGGCCUGACCGAGACAGAAGUGGGUAUCGAUCUGCGGCGGCUGUUGUGGAGAAGGGAAUCAAGCGGAAACGUCCAAGCUAUCGAAAAGCGGCUGUUAGAUUCAUCGCUUCGUUACGAGGUGUCCGGACCGAAGUCUGGGACAAACAACUGUCUUCAAGUCUGUCGAGCCCCUUCUUUGAGGCUCUACUUGGACUGCCCAAUGAACUCCACAUCUUGAUCCUGAGUCAGCUGUGCAUAUCAGAUCUGCUGGCACUGCGUAGAACAUGUCGCAUCUUGAAUGUGCUUGUGGCAAGCUCUGCGCCCUCGCUUAGUAGACACUGGGUGAAGCAUCGAAUGGGUAGUCUUCACCUGCGUUUGUACCCAACGACAAGCCCAAGCGAAGCAGACUUCCCAUAUCUUCUCGCCAUGCGGCGACGACAUAUUGCCUCCAUCCGACUCAGCAGACAGCUUGCCAACUUCCUCCUGGGUGAUGUGCAAGAGCAAGUCGAUCCUCGUCAACAACAGCUCUGGACUUCUGUGUACGAAAAGUUGAUGCCACUCGUGUUUGGCGUUGGUUAUUUUCUCGAAGAGCAUCGACGAGCGGUGCUCGACAGAGACCUGGGGCAGAUUCGACCGCGGUCACACAUUGGAUAUGACAUCUGCACCACGGGCUGUAUCAUCAGCCAAGACCUGAACACGAUGAAGAAGAUGGAUGCGCCGUUGCGACUGCAGUACUUCUACAUGUACUGCUUCGUGUUGCAGGUGCUCAGGCGGAAGCUGCGUUCUGCGUGCCGAAGUCGAACUGUAGGCAGCUUCCUGAGAGGAUGGUCGAACCAUGCUGCUUGCUCAGAAGAUAUAGCUUUCUUCCUGAUACUGGGAGGUAUUGGGCAGGUUGCUAAGCUGCUUGCAUGUCCCACUUACAGUGAUCGAAGAAGAUAUCUGCAUGCGUACAUCACGCACUUGUCGCCACAUGCGAGCAAGUGCUGGAGGUGUCACUGGAAAGACGUUGGUGUUGUGUCACCUGCCUUGCUGGACGACAUCCCAUGCACCAGUAUUGGCAUCACGCAGCUCGACCAGAUCUGGGAACCGGGGAUAGCGGAGAUGAUGAAACCCGGGAGUCGAGCUUUUACUGCUCAAGAGAAAGCGCGGUACGAAGAACUACAGACUUCGAAGAAAUACAUCAACGAGAUUAUGGGAUACGACAUCUUGCGGGUGUCGACUCCAGAGUGCGUUGACAUGGACGACGAAGUAGAAGACAGAAGAGGGUAG